CAAUUUCCACCUAGACAUGACAGCAUCGUUGGCGCCAUUUGAAGAUGCUUCACGAAAACGCAAACAAGCCAUUGCAUCUGCACCAGCUAGCUUGAAUGGAGCAUCUCGAUCAAAACGCCCUCGCACCAUUGCACAUACGCCGUCAAGCAAGCACCUUCUUACGGUGCAGCACCCCCAGGGUAUUAAGCCUCUAGGAAACUUCCUGUUCGACUCGUCCCGUGGCAUAAGAGAAUGUCGGUCAGCCGGUUUAGGUUAUGCAGCUGCUCUGUCUGACGAACUCGUCCUGGACCUUCUAUCCCGUCUGCAACCCGCCGAACUUUGCAGGUUGGCGCAAUGUAGCAAGGCCCUGUACUGCUUUGCCUAUCACGAGGACUUGUGGCGGGCUCUGACGGUUCGGCUCUAUGGACAAGGUGGAUGGGGUACGUUCGCGUACAAUUGGCGAGAGACUUUAAAAAAGAAAAUAUGUGCCGAAAGGAAACGAACCUUUGUCCGCGACCAGCCUAUCCAAGUUGACGGUUUCUAUUCAGACUUAUUAUUUACGUCUUUUCGCUGUGCAUCGGCUCCGUUAAGGGAACUCUGUGGAGUAGAGACGGACAACAUUGACCGUCGGUCGGAUCUUACUUAUGAGACUUUCAUGAAGGAGUACGGCACACCAAAUAGACCUGUCAUUAUCACUGAUGUCGUUACCAAGUGGCCAGCCUAUGGGAAAUGGUCUACUGAGUAUUUGUUGGAACAUUGCGGGGACAAGAUAUUCCGAGCGGAAUCGGUCGAUAUACCGUUUCGUGAUUAUGUGACUUACGCAGAACAGUGUAACGAAGAGGCCCCCCUCUACCUUUUUGACAAGAAGUUUGCAGAGAAUACCACACUAGCCGAGGAUUACCAUGUGCCAUUAUACUUUAAGGAGGAUUUUUUCAGCGUCUUGGGUGACCAACGACCAGAUUACCAAUGGUUGAUUAUCGGCCCUGCUCGGAGUGGUUCUACCUUCCAUGUGGACCCCAAUUCAACCAGCGCCUGGAACGCCGUCAUAACUGGCGCUAAAAAGUGGGUGAUGUACCCACCUGAAGUCGUCCCACCGGGUGUCUUUCCAAGCCCAGAUGGGAGCGAAGUGACCACCCCCUUGUCUUUGUCGGAGUGGUUCCUGAAUUUUUACAUGGAGACCAAGAACAGCCCGGUGAAACCAGUUGAAUGUGUUUGUAGAGCAGGGGAAAUGGUGUUUGUACCUUGUGGUUGGUGGCAUUGUGUCAUGAAUCUCGAACCAUCGAUUGCACUCACUCAGAACUUUGUCGCAACCUCAAACCUGCCUUCGGUCUUGCGAUUUCUCAAAUAUCGUAGAGAUCAAGUUUCGGGCAGCUGUUAUGGAACAGAACUGUACGAACGAUUUACCGAAGCACUCAACCAUAUUAAUCCAGGACUGAUCUAUGAUAUUGAAGCGAAGGAUGAUAUCCAGGAGAACGCUAAGAUAGUGAACCGACUAGAAAAGCGAGAAUCUUUUUGGGAUAGAAUAAUGAAGAGCGAUGAGGGGAUAAAUAUAGGAGCGGAGGGCCGGGGGUUCUCCUUCGCAUUUGGUGGUGACGACUAGCUUAGAUAUAACUAAUUUAUUCCGUAUAUACGUGCACUCUUCCAGGGUAUCAUUCAGUAAAAAUUCUAAGGUUGAGUUAUCCCAUUCAAGGGGUCAUGUUUGUGACAAAAUUCGGCCCUGCAUUAUACCC